GAAGACAGCAUACCACAGUUUUUUGUACUUGAGUAUAAAAAGCAGAUAUUAGAGUUAGAGCAGAGGAGACCAGUGAAGCUGUUAGAAGGAAACGGGAUAUUCAGAUCUUCCUUUAUAAAGAGCAUUCAUUGUGUCCUGGAAUAAGUGUUGAUCUGUUUAAAAGCAUCAUGGGUGUCCUUUUCAAGGUCAUCCUGCUUUUCUGGAUAUUGCGAGUGUCUGCAUCAGACCCUGAAGCUGAGGCCCUCCUGAUAAGACCAAAGGGUCUCCUGGGGAAAGAUGACUGCCCAAUCAAUGUGUAUUUCACUGUGGACACCUCAGAAAGCGUGGCAUUGAAAGAGUACCCUUGGGGCAGCCAAGUGGAGGAACUAAAAAUCUUCCUUCGAAUGUUUGUCCAAAAACUCCAGGCCACUAAACUGCAGGCCAAGCAAGUGGAAUGGUCCUACGGAGGCCUUCACUUUUCUGACCAAGUGGAAAUCUUCAGUGAGAUAACCAGUGAUGUUUCCACAUUCCUUGCCAGAGUCAGUGCUGUUAACUAUAUUGGCAGGGGGACGUUUAUUGACUGCGCUUUGAGGAACAUGACCGAGCAAGUCAGGCUCACGCCAUCAGGGAAGCCCCGUCUGCAGUUUGCUGUCGUUCUUACGGACGGUCACAUUACAGGAAGUCCCUGUGGAGGGGUCCAGGUGGCAGCAGAAGCUGCAAAAGCUGCCGGGAUCAAAAUCUUUGUCGUAGCAACACACUUUGAUACCAUGGAGAGUGAAUUGAAACAAAUUGCAAGUUCCCCUGUCGAAUUGUAUCGCAAGGACUACUUAGCAUACCCAAGCGGCCACAGACAAUCUGCAGUCAACAGAAUCACUGACCUAAUGGUAAAAGAAGGAGAACAUGAGUGUGAAGGACAAAGGUGCUUAGAAACUUCAGGAAUACCAGGGCCCAAAGGACUUAUGGGUAUAAAGGGGUCAAAAGGAAGUAUAGGUCCAACUGGUGACGUGGGGGCUCCUGGACAAAGGGCAAGUUACUGUAUAUUUUACUACAUUAACUGUUCUUUUAUACUUUUUUUACAGGGAGAUCCUGGAAUUGAAGGUCCAGUUGGUUUUCCUGGCCAAAAGGGGUAUCCUGGUCUUAAAGGAUUAAAAGGUGAUAUUGGUGCUCCAGGCUUAAAGGGUCAACCUGGAACACCUGGGUACAGUGGAAUGGAUGGUAUGAUGGGAAAACCUGGCACUGUUGGCACUCCUGGCUGCAAAGGGGACACUGGCAUGCAGGGAGGAAUGGGUCCCCCUGGUGACUUUGGCAUCAGAGGUGAGGCUGGAGAUCCAGGGGUAAAGGGUUAUGCUGGACAGCCUGGAAGAUCAGGGCCCCAAGGAGCCAAAGGUGAUGAUGGUGAAAAGGGUGUGUAUGGUUACAUUGGAAAUCCUGGGCUUCCCGGACAAAAAGGAACAAAGGGGAAAACAGGAGCUACAGGAGAUGCAGGUGACCCUGGUACAAGAGGGGACAGUGGAAUAGUUGGACAACGAGGCAAAACUGGCGGAAAAGGAGAAAAGGGGGACCUCGGACCUGAGGGGGAAAGAGGAUUGCCAGGAAGACCUGGAGAAAAAGGAGUCAUUGGGUCCCCUGGUUUCCAAGGUGUUAGGGGUACUCCUGGAGAGAGUGGCACUACAGGAACACGUGGAAAUGCAGGGGAAGCAGGUGAUUUUGGACCAAGAGGAGACCUUGGGUCCCCAGGAGCUAAGGGUGACAAAGGCAAAGAUGGAUACAACUAUGCAGGCGCCAGAGGCAUACAGGGAGACAGAGGAGGGCCUGGGUCUCAAGGACUGCAGGGGACUCAAGGGUAUUAUGGGGACAAAGGGGCGCUGGGGACUAAAGGCAUCAAAGGAGAAAGCGGAAAUCCAGGACCGGAAGGCAUACCAGGUGAGAGGGGACAAAGAGGACAACCUGGAUCACAGGGGUCUCCAGGAACUCGUGGAGCCUCCGGAGUAACCGAUUGUGACAUAAUGGGAUAUGUAAGAGAAACAUGUGGCUGCUGUGAUUGUGAGAAAGUCUGCCAACCGCUCGACCUUGUGUUUGUGAUUGACAGUUCUGAAAGCAUUGGAAAAACGAACUUCAGCCUUGCUAAGAACUUUGUCAUAAAUGUAGCAAACAGACUGGGAACAAUGGCGAAAAACAUAUCGGAUGUAUCAGGUUCCCGGCUUGGGGUUGUGCAGUACAGCCAUCAAGGGGCUGUGCAAGCCAUUCGAAUGGAUGACAAAAGCAUUACCUCAGUAACGUCCUUUAAGGCCAAAGUAAAAGCUAUGGAAUGGAUAGCUGGUGGAACAUGGACACCAUCAGCUUUGAAAUUCACAUACGAACAGUUAAUUGUGCCUGGCAGACGGCUAGGCACUAAAGUAGUGGCUCUAGUCAUUACUGACGGACGGUACGAUCCAAAAGACUUAGACAAUUUGGAAGGCCUGUGUCAGGGAGUGGAAGUGUAUGCUAUCGCGAUUGGGGAUAUGUUUAACAGCAAAGCCGAGAGAUCAUCCUUGGAGAAGAUAGCUUGUAAUAUUGGUGACAGAGUGAAAACUCUCAGUGUUUAUGCUGAACUGACUGCAGAGGAAUUCCUGGAGGUGAAUGAACAAAUUCUUUGCCCAGAACCUGAGACCAUCUGCCCAAACACGAAUUGUGCCCCAGAACUAAAGGUUGCCCCGCUUGUACAGCGCCCUGUCGACAUUUUGUUCUUUGUUGAUGGCUCGGAGCGAACCGGAGAAGAAAACUUUGGGACAGUUCUGCGCUUUAUUAACCAGAUAUCCCAGGAAAUCAGGCUGGCACAGAAAGAGAAUGACUACAAAGGAGCAAGGAUCGCGGUCCUCCAAUAUGGAGGUGAAGCUGAGCAAGACCUGCUUCUCGAUUUCUCACACGAUGCAGCCGUCAUUCAUUCUUUAAUCUCAAAGGCUGUGUAUGGCGACUCAUCGUCCCAUUUGGGAGGGGCAGUACUAUAUGCUGUAGAUAAUUUAAUAAACAACCGUGCACCUAGAUUCCGUGGAGUGAGGAAGAAUGCAGAAACGUCCUUUGUCUUUUUAACCGAUGGAGCAACCAGUGACAAGAACUUUGAUGAUGGUAUCAUGUCUAUGAGAAAGGCAAACGUUGUAAGCACUGCAAUUGCUGUUGGCUCCGAUGUUGAUAAUGACCGAUUGUUGCAGCUGGUUUUUAACGAUAAAGCAUCACUGUUUCAUUUUAAGAAGUACAGCGACCUGACCUCAACACGGGUUGUUAGACACAUUGCACAUUGUUUAGGUUAAGCUAACAGGCCCUAAAAUCUGAGAUACUGGGCCUUUUUUUAAAGCCAGUGUUACAGUACACAUUUUAAUCUUAAAUGCGAGCUCUAAAAUAGUUCAUAUCCCUUAUAAUAUUCUCACAAGACCCUUAUUGGCUAUUUUUUAUUCUCUCUUUUUUUUUUGCCACGUCUCUAUAAGUUUGCUUCCUGUGUUCCAGGAAACAGGACCCAACCUCCACCUUACUUUUGUUUUAUGGCAUUAUACUGCCGUAGGGAAUUGGGCCAGGUAGGGUCCUAUUUCCUGUAACACAUGAAAGACAAACCAAGCACUGCAAACCUGUUGUGUCAUGAUAAAUGAGGAUUCACCUGAAUCAAAGUGUAACAACAGCAAAACAAUAAUCUACUUGUGAGUUUUUGAAAUGGUUGAUUAUUAUCCCUUUAUGUUGAUCUAAGUUACUAGUUUUGUAACUUUUCAGAAGAGUCUAAAAAAGGUGAUUUUUUUUCUCAUCAGCAAAAUACCAUUUUAUGAAACUGCCUUGCAAGCAUGGAUUGGUUUCCUGGUGUAAAUACUGUUUUCAAAACACAAAAUACUUAAUUUUAAAGGAUGGAGAAAAUAUUGUAGGUGCUUAUUUCCUUCUUGUUAUCAUAAUCUUUAGUGAAUAAAAUGUUUAAUCAUUUGAAUGGUUUACUUUUAGAGAAAUAUUUGCAAUAGAAUGUUAUAAAUACAUAUUUGCAAUAGAAAUCUUUUACUUGGAUAUUUUUUCAUGUAAAUACAAAUUACUUUUAGGCAUUUUGAUGACAAACGUUUUCCAUGUGUGUUUGUUUCUAAAUUAUAUAUUUAAAUAAAAUGGAGGUAGCUAUUAAA